GCAUCGAUCCCAAUAAUCAUGUCCCUAGCACAAAGACUUCCCGUUGCAUUAGAGGGGCACCCUCGCAUCAUUGACACACCCAAACGCGUCCGUGUUCUCUUCCAUGGACAGUACAUUGUCGACACGACCAAGGCCAAGCUUGUAUGGGAGAAGCCUUUCUACCCGACGUACUUUUUCCCUAUCUCGGAGCUCUCAUCGGACCUGCUGCACCGUUCUGCAGAUGCGGAACAUGGAGGGGUAGAGUACGACCUGGUCGUCGGCAGGCACAUCAUCCCACGCGCGGUGGUUGUGUACAACGAGGGCGAGCUGAAGGGGCUACUCAAGAUACUCUUCGGCGCGGCGGACGCUUGGCUCGAGGAGGACGAGAGGAUUUAUGUCCACCCGAAGGAUCCGUACAAGAGAGUAGAUGUGCUCCAGAGCUCGCGUCACGUCGUCGUGAAGCUGAACGGCGUCGAGCUCGCGAACACGCGCCGCCCGCGGCUGCUCUUCGAGACCGGCCUCCGAGUGCGCACUUAUAUCCCCCUGACGGACGUGCGGGUGGACUUCCUCAGGCCUUCGAACACUGUCACGGCUUGCCCAUACAAGGGUGAAGCGAACUAUUACAACGUCGAGUUGCCAAACGGGGAAACUUCCAAGGACAUUGUGUGGUACUAUCGCGUUGCACAGCUGGAGUGUGCACAGAUUACAGGUUUCGUCGCGUUCUAUGAUGAGAAGGUCGAGGUGUGGGUGGAUGGAGAGAAGCAGUAGACUCACGAUGGGUCGUCAAGUAGCCUUUAUCUGGUCAGCUAGAAACUCCGGUGUCCUUCGCAUGCGUUUGUAUGAUACAGUUUGGAGAAAU